UUUCAGUGUUGUGCGGCGAUGUAUCAACAGGGAAACAGGGCAACAGUUUGCUGUAAAGAUUGUCGAUGUAGCAAAAUUCACUUCAAGUCCUGGAUUAAGCACAGAAGAUCUGAAGAGGGAAGCCAGUAUUUGUCACAUGCUGAAGCAUCCUCAUAUUGUGGAGUUAUUGGAGACGUACAGCUCAGAUGGAAUGCUUUAUAUGGUUUUUGAGUUUAUGGAUGGAGCAGAUCUGUGUUUUGAAAUUGUGAAGAGAGCAGAUGCUGGAUUUGUGUACAGUGAGGCUGUAGCCAGUCAUUACAUGAGACAGAUAUUGGAAGCUCUGCGCUACUGUCAUGAUAAUAACAUAAUUCACAGGGAUGUGAAGCCACACUGUGUAUUGCUUGCCUCUAAAGAGAAUUCAGCUCCUGUAAAGCUUGGUGGCUUUGGGGUAGCAAUUCAGCUAGGGGAGUCUGGAUUAGUUGCCGGAGGACGUGUAGGAACACCUCAUUUUAUGGCCCCAGAAGUGGUAAAAAGAGAACCAUAUGGGAAGCCUGUAGAUGUUUGGGGUUGUGGAGUGAUCCUUUUCAUCCUGCUAAGCGGCUGUUUACCUUUUUAUGGAACCAAGGAAAGAUUAUUUGAAGGCAUUAUUAAAGGAAAAUACAAGAUGAAUCCUAGACAAUGGAGCCAUAUCUCUGAAAGUGCCAAAGACCUGGUACGCCGUAUGCUUAUGCUAGAUCCAGCAGAAAGGAUAACAGUAUAUGAAGCACUGAAUCAUCCUUGGUUAAAGGAGAGAGAUCGCUAUGCAUACAAGAUUCAUCUUCCAGAAACAGUAGAGCAAUUGAGAAAAUUCAAUGCAAGAAGAAAACUAAAGGGGGCAGUACUAGCAGCUGUGUCAAGCCACAAAUUCAAUUCCUUCUAUGGUGAUCCCCCUGAAGAGCUGCCAGACUUCUCUGAAGACCCUACCUCCUCAGGACUUCUAGCAGCAGAAAGAGCAGUUUCACAGGUGCUAGACAGCCUGGAGGAAAUUCAUGCACUUACAGAUUGCAGUGAAAAAGACUUAGAUUUUCUUCACAGUGUUUUCCAGGAUCAGCAUCUCCACACGCUACUAGAUCUUUAUGACAAAAUUAACACAAAAUCUUCACCGCAAAUCAGGAAUCCUCCCAGUGAUGCUGUACAGAGAGCCAAAGAGGUAUUGGAAGAAAUUUCAUGUUACCCAGAGAACAAUGAUGCAAAGGAGCUAAAGCGUAUUUUAACACAACCUCAUUUCAUGGCCUUACUUCAAACUCAUGAUGUAGUGGCACAUGAAGUUUACAGUGAUGAAGCGCUGAGAGUUACACCUCCUCCCACCUCUCCUUACUUAAACGGAGAUUCUCCAGAAAGCGCCAACGGCGACAUGGAUAUGGAGAAUGUAACACGGGUUCGACUGGUACAGUUCCAGAAGAACACAGAUGAACCAAUGGGAAUCACUUUGAAAAUGAAUGAGCUGAACCAUUGUAUCGUAGCAAGAAUUAUGCACGGAGGAAUGAUUCACAGGCAAGGUACACUACAUGUAGGGGAUGAAAUCCGAGAAAUAAAUGGGAUCAGUGUGGCAAAUCAGACUGUAGAGCAACUACAAAAAAUGCUUAGGGAAAUGCGAGGGAGUAUCACCUUCAAGAUUGUGCCAAGUUACCGCACGCAGUCUUCAUCAUGUGAGAGAGAUUCCCCCUCUACAUCCAGACAGUCCCCAGCUAAUGGUCAUAGCAGCACUAACAAUUCUGUUUCGGACUUGCCAUCGACAACACAACCAAAAGGACGACAGAUAUAUGUAAGAGCACAAUUUGAAUAUGACCCAGCAAAGGAUGACCUCAUCCCCUGCAAAGAAGCUGGCAUCAGAUUCCGAGUUGGUGAUAUUAUCCAGAUCAUUAGUAAAGACGAUCACAACUGGUGGCAGGGUAAACUGGAGAACUCCAAAAAUGGUACUGCAGGUCUUAUUCCUUCUCCUGAACUUCAGGAAUGGCGCGUUGCUUGUAUUGCCAUGGAGAAGACCAAACAGGAGCAACAGGCCAGCUGUACUUGGUUUGGAAAGAAAAAAAAGCAGUACAAAGACAAAUAUUUGGCAAAGCACAAUGCAGUGUUUGAUCAAUUAGAUCUCGUCACAUAUGAAGAAGUAGUAAAACUACCAGCAUUCAAAAGGAAAACACUAGUCUUACUAGGUGCACAUGGUGUUGGAAGAAGACACAUAAAAAACACUCUCAUCACAAAACACCCAGACAGAUUUGCAUACCCUAUUCCUCACACAACCCGACCUCCAAAGAAAGAUGAAGAGAAUGGAAAAAAUUACUACUUCGUAUCACAUGACCAAAUGAUGCAGGAUAUAUCCAACAAUGAGUAUUUGGAAUAUGGCAGCCACGAGGACGCAAUGUAUGGGACAAAACUGGAAACAAUACGGAAGAUCCAUGAGCAGGGACUAAUUGCAAUACUUGAUGUAGAACCUCAGGCGCUGAAGGUCCUGAGAACUGCGGAGUUUGCUCCUUUUGUUGUUUUUAUUGCUGCACCUACAAUUACCCCAGGCAUUAAUGAGGACGAAUCGCUUCAGCGGCUGCAAAAGGAGUCUGAAAUCUUACAGAGAACAUAUGCACACUACUUUGACCUAACAAUUAUCAACAAUGAGAUUGAUGAAACAAUCAGGCACCUGGAGGAAGCCAUUGAGCUUGUUUGUACAGCAUCCCAGUGGGUUCCCGUCUCCUGGGUCUAUUAGGCCGAGCUCCAGAUAUUUGGGGGAAAACAAACAAAAACAAAACCUUGCCAUUGCCGGGAACCACCUCAUACAUGGAGAAAAAAAAAAAAAAAAAAAACCUCUUCAUUCUUGACCUUGUGUCAACAGGUCUUGGCCCCUAGAGACUACCUAGAUGUAGUGUGACCUAAAUUUAUAAUUAUUGUCAUGUCCUAAUAGAUAGGAGGAGGGAAAAAAAAGAAAAAAAGGAAAAAAAAAAGCGCUAAUUUAAAGAGACAGUAUCUUUUUUUUAAUCAUUUCUCCUAAACUUUAAUAAAAUGUAUCUUUAAAUGUAUGUAUUAUUCAGUCUUUUGGAAUGUUAUAUUUUUGGAAAUCAUAGCUUUUUAUUUCAAAGGCCCCUAAAAACUGCACAAAAUAGAUGCUGCUUUCUAUAAUCUAUUUUAAUAGUAAUAAUAAUAUGAUUCUGUUACCUUUACUUGGGGGUGGAACACUACAUUCUUUUUAGAGUCUGAUUUUAUGGAUUUGGAAUACUUUGCUCUCCUUUAUUUAUUUGAAAUAAUUAGUCUAGAGGUUACAAAACAAAUUCAUAAAUUUUCAAGGCCUUUCUUCGCUUUUUUUUUUUUUUAGAAUAGUAUUUUUAAGUAUUUUUGUGUAACAUCCAGGUAAUGUGAUACUGUCUCUUUGAAGAACUCUGUAAAACUUUUAGAAAUUUGAAAUUGGGUCUUGACUCUUAAUGCAUGUGGACAGUCGCAAGCGUUCAUGCCGUUGGUGUAUCUGUGUUGAAAAAACUGUAAUCUACAGCAAAGUACAUUCCGUUCAUGGGGAAAAGUACCCAAGGGAAUAAAGUAAAAUAUUAUUCUGACUAAGUUGUAAACCUAUGCACAUCCCUUGCAUUUUGGGCAACUUUAUAAAAAAAAAUGAUUUUUAUUAAUAAUAAUCAUGUAGUGAAAUGUGUUUGUAAUUUUGUCUCAAUUUAAUUUGUUGUAAGGUGGGAGGGGGCAAUUACUGGUUUCACCAUUUCAGAUCUGUGUUGUCUGAGAGUAUUAACGUUUUAAUUAAGUUGAAGCAAAGAAAUGCUGAUUUUUAAUAUGUAUGUAAUUGUUUAAAAAUGCACACAUUUUAGAAGAAAAUAAUGUGCAAUGAAGAAACCAGUUCAGGCAUUGCGAUAAACUGACUAUUCCAAAAGACUCAUCUACAACAGCCCUGUAAAUUCCUUUAAAAAAUGGUAAUUGACUCUACAGUCUGACCAAUUUUUUUUUUUAUUAUUAUUAUUUUAAAUAUACUUCCUUUUAUGUGUUCAACAAUUAAAUGCUUUUGGGUCCUUCAUUUCAUCACAGAUUUAUUGAGGGAGUUUGAAGAACAAAUCAGUGACUCUUGUAAGUGAGAAAACUCUUAAAGGGCCCUGGUAGUGAUGUGGUCUACAGCGUUUUCCAGGGAAUCUGCUUACGAGCGCAGUUUGAGCUAAUUUAGAGUUAGAGCAGAGGCAAGUAAGAAAAUUUAACCAUGUAAUAAUCUUAUGUUAUGUUUUGUUUCCCUUCUUCAUGCCCUCCCAGCCCAAAUGGUUUGUAUUUCUCCUGCAAAUGGUUGACAGCAAUGGUUGACAAGCAUUCCCAUGUCUUUUCAGGUGUCAGAAAUAGGAUUCUCCUUAAAACAGUUUAUCUUCAGAGCUCAGUUGACUGCUCAGUUGCAUAGCAUGAAGUCAUAGCGUCUGUGUUGAAAUUGCACAGUGCCCUUGAAGGGUUUAUCCUUCAAGUUGUACUGUCAGCUGUAAUUGAUCUACAGACUGUUUGUUGUUUGCAAUCACUGCAUAUAGUCAGAAAAUGUUCUCCCUGUUAGGCCUUUAUCAUAGGCUGCUGCUUCUGUCCCUCCUCCUCUUCCUCCUCCUGCAGAUGAGGUGGCCUACCCUCUCUCUUCUUGACAAAUCCAUAGGAAAAAUGUAGGUCCAGCUACGCCUCCAGGACAGCCCAAUGAGACAACGUGUUUAUUAUUAUUUAUGAGCCAAAUGGCUGGAGCCAAAGUUGUGCCCUAAGAACAGAACUCACUGAUGCUACAAGGGGAAUCACUGUGUGACCGAGUCCCAGAGCAAGGAUCUUCCCCCACCCCUGUGACUUUAUAGUUUGUAGAGAACUGGCAACUAAAUGAAUGAGAAAGUAUCUUGUAUAGACCAAGCAUAAACAAGCCUGUGAAUAAGAAGGCACCUAUCACAUUAAUAGUAGCUGCUCAUCUGUUCUGGAUUUAGCCCCUUUAAAGGG